GAACGGGAGCGCGAUCGCACCGGGGCGGGACAAAACGGCGGCGGCUUGCGUGGGGGAGCGCGUUCCCGAGCGAUGCCCGCGGGGGCGGCGCCUCCGGCGCUCGACGCAUGCGCGGCGUGAGGCGGGUGGGAGGCGCAGGGCCGCGGCGGCGGCGCUCGGUGAGGGUAACAAUGGCGGCGGCGGUGGCGGCGGCCGGCGGGACGGGGCCUGGGGCCGCCGUGGCGGUGAGCGGCGGGCCCGGCCUGGCGGCGCUCUCCGUGGCUCGGCGGAAGGACGGAGGCCCCAGCGGGAAGUUUUGGGAGAGCCCGGACACCGUGUCGCAGCUCGACUCGGUCCGCGUCUGGCUGGGGAAGCACUACAAGAAGUACGUCCAGGCAGACGCUCCUACCAACAAAGCGCUGGCCGGGCUGGUGGUGCAGCUCCUGCAGUUCCAGGAAGAUGCCUUUGGGAAACACGUCACCAAUCCUGCCUUCACAAAGCUGCCUGCAAAGUGCUUCAUGGAUUUCAAAGCUGGAGGUACAUUAUGUCACAUUCUUGGUGCUGCUUACAAAUAUAAGAAUGAACAGGGCUGGAGAAGUACCUUUCCUCGUCAUAAUAGGCGGAGGUUUGACCUGCAGAAUCCAUCCCGAAUGGAUCGCAACGUGGAGAUGUUCAUGAACAUCGAGAAAACACUAGUGCAGAACAACUGUCUGAGCAGACCGACCAUCUACCUCAUUCCAGAUAUAGAGCUCAAGUUGGCUAAUAAAUUGAAAGAUAUCGUCAAACGUCACCAGGGAACAGUGACUGAGGAGAAGUCCAAGGCCACCCACCACGUUUAUCCAAGUCCUACCUCAACAGAUGAUGAUGAAUGGUUGAGACCUGUGAUGAAAAAAGACAAGCAGGUGCUGGUACACUGGGGCUUUUUUCCAGACAGCUAUGACACUUGGGUUCACGCCAAUGAAGUAGAUGCUGAAAUUGAGGAUCCUCCCAUUCCCGAAAAGCCGUGGAAGGUUCACGCCAAGUGGAUCUUGGACACAGACGUGUUCAAUGAGUGGAUGAAUGAGGAGGAUUACGAGGUAGACGAGAACAGGAAGUCAGUGAGUUUCCGACAGAGGAUCUCCAUGAAAAACGAAGAGCCUGUACGUAGUCCGGAGAGGAGGGACAGGAAAGCAGCAGCGAGCACAAGGAAGAGAAAACAUUCUCCUUCUCCACCCCCGACUCCUGUGGAGUCCAGAAAGAAGACGGGGAAGAAGGGACAAGCAGCCUUGUAUGGGAAAAGGAGAGGCCAGAAAGAAGAGGAUGAGCAAGAGGAUCUGACAAAGGACAUGGAGGAUCCCACCCCGGUACCUAAUAUAGAAGAAGUGGUACUUCCCAAAAAUGUGAACCCCAAGAAAGACAGUGAAAACACACCCGUGAAAGGAGGAACGGUCGCAGACCUCGAUGAACAGGAUGAGGAGACAGUGGCAACUGGAGGCAAGGAAGAUGAAGAUCCGAACAAAGGCGAUCAGAGCCGGUCGAUCGAUCCUGGCGAAGAUAACGUCACGGAGCAAACCAACCACAUCAUUAUUCCCAGCUAUGCAUCUUGGUUCGACUACAACUGUAUUCACGUGAUUGAACGUCGUGCUCUUCCUGAAUUCUUCAACGGCAAAAACAAGUCCAAGACUCCAGAAAUAUACCUGGCUUAUCGCAACUUCAUGAUCGACACCUAUCGCUUAAACCCUCAGGAGUACUUGACCAGCACGGCGUGCAGGAGGAACCUGACGGGAGACGUGUGCGCCGUCAUGAGGGUACACGCUUUCCUGGAGCAGUGGGGGCUCAUCAACUACCAGGUGGACCCCGAAAGCCGCCCCAUGGCCAUGGGGCCUCCCCCGACUCCCCACUUCAACGUCCUGGCCGAUACGCCCUCCGGGCUGAUGCCGCUUCACAUCCGCACGCCGCAGGUUCCAGCUGCUCAGCAGAUGUUGAGUUUUCCUGAGAAAAACAAAGAGAAACCGACUGAUCUGCAGAACUUUGGCCUUCGCACAGACAUUUACUCAAAAAAGACUUUAGCAAAGAGUAAAGGUGCAAGUGCUGGACGAGAAUGGACGGAACAAGAGACGUUGCUGCUCUUAGAAGCUCUGGAGAUGUACAAAGACGACUGGAACAAGGUGUCGGAGCACGUUGGGAGCCGCACGCAGGACGAGUGCAUCCUGCAUUUCCUGCGGCUCCCCAUCGAAGACCCGUACUUGGAGAACUCGGACGCGUCGCUGGGCCCGCUGGCGUACCAGCCCGUGCCCUUCAGCCAGUCGGGCAACCCGGUGAUGAGCACCGUGGCGUUUCUGGCCUCGGUGGUGGAUCCCCGCGUGGCCUCCGCCGCCGCAAAGGCUGCCUUGGAGGAGUUUUCCCGGGUCAGAGAGGAGGUCCCGCUGGAGCUGGUGGAAGCUCAUGUGAAGAAGGUCCAAGAAGCGGCAAGAGCCUCUGGGAAGGUGGAUCCAACGUACGGCCUGGAGAGCAGCUGCAUUGCCGGGACGGGUCCAGACGAGCCGGAGAAAAUCGAUGGAGCUGAAGAAGAAAAGAUGGAAACAGAGACAGAUGGGCAGCAGUCCGAGAAGGUUGAAAGCAAAGCGGAGAGUGAAAUUGAGGAAGGCGAUAAAGCACAAGAAGGAGACGAUGAGCGAAACGCAGAAAAGGAGCAGGACGGCGAGGCGCCCGCGGAGCCCAAGCCAGAAGAAAAGGAGGCGGAAGAGAACAAGGAGAACGUUGAUGCGAGCAAAGACAAAGAAAGCGAGGCUGGGAAGAAGAGAGUGGAGCACGAGAUCUCGGAAGGAAACGUAGCGACAGCUGCAGCUGCUGCCCUCGCCUCCGCUGCCACCAAAGCAAAGCACCUGGCAGCAGUGGAGGAAAGGAAGAUCAAGUCCCUGGUUGCCCUUUUGGUGGAAACACAGAUGAAGAAGCUGGAGAUCAAACUUCGCCAUUUCGAGGAGCUGGAAACCAUUAUGGACAGAGAGAAAGAGGCGCUGGAGCAGCAGCGACAGCAGCUGCUGACGGAACGCCAGAACUUCCACAUGGAGCAGCUGAAAUACGCCGAAUUAAGGGCUCGGCAGCAAAUGGAGCAGCAGCACAGCCAGAACCCCCAGCAGCCCCACCAGCACUCGGGGGGGCCCGGGCUGAACCCCCUGGGCACAGCGGCACAUCCGGGGUUGCUGCCCCACCAGCAGCCGCCCCCGUACCCCAUGAUGCACCAUCAGAUGCCGCCUCCUCACCCACCGCAGCCAGGCCAGAUGCCGGGGCCGGGCUCCAUGAUGCCGGGACAGCCCAUGCCGGGCCGGAUGAUGCCGAACGUCCCGACCAACAUCCAUCCGGCGGGCGCCCCCCCGCCCGGCAUGUCCCCCAUGGCAGGAAACCUCAUCGGACCUCGCGUUCCUCUGGCUGCUCCCAACGGCAUGUAUCCCCCCCCGGCGCAGCCGCCCCCGGCAGCAGAAGGGGUGACCCCCCCUCCAGCCGCAGCCCCCCCGGCCUCCGCCGCCCCCUGAGCCGUCGAGGGAGAAGGAGCUUCUCCAGCAGCGCAGUGGUGACCAAAAACCAAUUCCUCACUGACCUCCUGGUUUAUCUUCCCCUCCGGUGGAAAACACACACACAGCGUCCCCCCGGCGUUCCCCGGGGCAGGUGUCGCAUCCCUUGUGCCUCCGCGUUGCUGGUGGCGAACCCUUGACGCUUUGCUCUGCGUCUCUUCCCAGUCACGCUCAGCUCUGGUUUCCUUCCUCUUGGUGUUUUGCGCUUUGGGUUCUACUGUAAAGCGUAAAACCCGAGUUUUUAAGGUGGAGCUGUAGGGUGUCGACAUGCCCGCUCCACGUAUGAUUGAACGUUUCGGGAUCUCCGGGUAGAGCAAAGCGUCAAGAUCGGAUGCCAAACCAGUGUUUUGAGCGGAGAAGGAAAACAAGGGCGUUGGUGCAGCGGGAAUGCCGGCCGCGUUCCUUACACACCCCGAUCGUUAGGGACAGCACCCGGCGCCCGGGCUGCCUCGCUAACUUAUUAAAGAAAAUAUUGAUCCCAUGCGAAUGAAGCCAGGAGCGAAUCAAUUGGAAUAAACCACUCAACGGUAGGAGUUUUCUUGCUCCAGUUUUUACCUUUCUUUUGCCUUCGAAGGUGGUAGUCGAACCUUCUCUCUGAGUAGUUUGGUACAGUAGCCAACUGAGGAAUAAACCCAUGAUUUUUAGUCCCUCUUUUUGGAGCAUAUACUUUUUACUAUUUUAAAAUGAACAAAACAAAACAAAAAAAAGUAGAUAGCGAAGAAGUGCUAGUGAUGGGGUUGGGGGGGAUGGUUGGGGUGCGAGUGCCAGAACUACCUCCUGUGGGCAGCCCAGGCGGGCAGGGACAGGGACGGGGACGGGGACAGCUUGGAGUGCGGCCACCAGUGCUAAACUGCUUGUUUGCUCUUUGUUAGGGGUUGCAGAACACUUUAAAGGGCUUUUGGCAACCGGGGGCGAGGUGGUGGUGUAAGGCUUGAUCUCCCAAAGAACCCGAAUCUCCCAGAACCACUUAUACCAUAAACCAACGUGUUGCUUUGCAGAGCACUCAGGUGAUGGACUCCUCGGUGCCGCGGGUUGGAUUUCCCGGUGCUGAGGGCGCUGGGUCGCGGAGGAGCCGCGUCUGGGCUGCAGCCCCUUCCCCCCGUGCACACAACGAUGAUUUUCCACGCCGGUGCCUCUCGGAAGAUGCUCCCGACCUGCCCGCCUCCCGCCCGGGAGCUUCACCCCGCGGUACCUUCCCCCAGGGUCUUUGGGGUGAGCAUGGGAUUUUCUGGUUCAGACCGUAGUCCAGUUUAGAGUUACCUCAGGUUGUUUUUAGCGUGAUCAGCUUCAAACAUAAAGGAUCCAGAUGGAGACUAUUUUUUACUGUAGUAGUGGUGAUCCUACGGAGUACCUGAAUUCUUGACACUGUUGUGUUUCUGUAUAAAUAAUAUGCGUGCUGACUUUUUCAUCUGAUCCUAUGUAUAGGGCCGGUUUUAUUCCUGCGACGCAGCCACCCGAUUUUGUGAAAUAAAGAAAAACACACGUGGUUUUUGUACAAA